AUGUCUAACAUAUUAAGACUCUGCCCAAAAUGCUAAGCAAGUCCUGCCACAAUCUAGUGCAUUGAUUGCGAAGAAAAAAUGUGCUAUACUUGUGAUCAGAAGGUACAUACAAAAUUGAAAUAACACAAAACUGAUAUAAUCCCGUAUUCAUGUACAAUAUAUAUUAAAAAAGAGAUGAAAUAGAUUAAAUCAGCCUAAUUUAUAAUUAGUGGCAUCAAAGACCACUCUAAUGUAUCAUUAGAAUUGCAAUAAGAACUUAAUGAAUUAGAAGCUAUGAUCGAGGCCAAAUAAUCAUUCCUAAGCAAGUAAGAGUAGAAGUGGAGCACAUAAAUCAGUUCUCUUGAAACCUAAUAUGAAAAGAAAUUAUUAGAUUUUGAAAAAGAAAUUGAAAACAAUGAAAAUUAAUUUAAGAAUUAUUAGUCUAGUGGAAAUACAACUUUUACAAUUGCUGACAUAAAAUAAUCAAUGGAAGCAUAACAGCAAUAAGCUUGGAAAGAGCUGAAUGAGAGGAAAGCUGCACUAUAAGAUAAAGAAAAUCUACUCUAAGACAUGAUUGAAGCUGAGAAGAUUUGUUUAAAAGAAAUUGCAUAGAAGGAGAAAUUGAUCAAUCAGUUUAAAGAUUUAUUAUCUUAGUAAUAAGCUGAAAGAGAUCUUAUAAAAUAAGAAAAUCAAAAAAUACUGGCAUAAUUAGAAUCCAUAAAGGCCUUAUGUAAGAAAAGUUUGCCUUAGUAUGGAAUUAAAGUUGAUUUUUUGGAUAAAUUGGGAAAAGGGAAUAAAAUUAAGAAAAAUGAAUAAGUAGAUGAACAAGAUGAAGAAUAUGAGGAGGAUGAAUAAUAAGAUUAAAAUGGAGAUGAAGAAGAAGAGGAUGAAAACUAAAAUGAUGAUGAUUAAUAGGAAGAAUAAUAAUGA